CUAUUUCCUUAUAUAUAACUCCAACUCUCUCUCUCUCUCUACCAAAAAUCAGAAAACCGCACCAAAGAUUCGUUUUCAUAUGCGACGCCCCGACUACGAUAUCUCCUUACGCGCUCCUCCAUUCUCUCUCUCCAAUUUCAUACCUAAUCGCCACCGCUUGUUCUAAGAAACUCUUUGUUUGUUAAUUUAUUUUUCUUGGCAUCCAAGUUUAUUCCAUUUCCUGAUUCUGCUGAGAUCCCAUAUUCCCCUUCGUUAUCCUCAUCUCUCUCCUUCUAUGGUCGGAUCUAUCUAUGUUUUAGACCAGAAACUGUCGUUUCUUUGCACAGAGAAUCUUCUCUUCAAUAUAAAUAAAACUUCUCAAUUACCAUUAUCAUUAUCAUAAUCAUAUAAGCAGAAAUGGAUUAUGCAGAGAAGAUGAAAAGAUGCAAUGAUUAUGUUGAAGCGUUGGAUAAAGAGAGGCGUAAGAUCCAGGUCUUUGAACGGGAGCUCCCGUUGAGUUUGGAGCUCGUCACGCAAGCGCUUGAAGCUUGCAAGAGAGAGUUAUCGGCGACGACGGAGUGCGUGCCAGGCCAAUCGGAGUGUUCGGAGCAGACAACGAGCUCUAACGGACCUGUGUUGGAGGAAUUCAUUCCGAUCAAGAGAGCUUCAUCUUCUUCUGUUAAUGAUGAUGAGGAACAAUCGCGUAACGAGGGCAAGAGUAGUACUAGUGAUAAGAAGAAAUCGGACUGGCUUAGAUCCGUACAGUUAUGGAGUCAAUCUCCAGAUCCAUCGUCCAAGGAGUUUCAGGAUGUGACGGAAAAGGCAUCUGCAGUGGAGGUAAAGAGCAAUGGCGGUGCGUUUCAGCCUUUCCACAGAGAGAAAGGCGAAGGAAAAAGCAACCAAUCGACAGUAAAAACGCCUUCGUCGGUGCCGAAUACAGCGACAACGGAGACAGCGAGUGCGACAAGUUGUGAAAAUGAUGCAAAAAAGGAAGACAAAGAAGGGAAUGCUAAUAGAAAGCAUAGGCGGUGCUGGUCACCGGAGUUGCACAGGCGAUUCUUACACGCCCUUCAACAGCUUGGUGGGUCAGAAGUUGCCACACCAAAGCAGAUAAGAGAAUUAAUGAAGGUUGAUGGGCUUACUAAUGAUGAGGUCAAGAGUCAUUUACAGAAAUAUCGUCUACACACAAGAAGACCAACUCCUGCUGUUCACAACAACAGCAAUCCUCAACCACCCCAGUUUGUAGUGGUAGGAGGCAUAUGGAUGCCACCGCCCGAAUAUGCAGCUUCAGGAGCACCAGGGGACGCAGCCACUGUCCCUGCAACCAAGUCCAACGGAAUUUAUGCUCCAGUGGCUUCACCACCCGCUAAAGUCUCGCGAUUGAUUGAAUCAUUGAUGCCACAACCGCCGCAGCAGACACAAUCCGAGCAAUUGCAAUCAGAAGGGAGGGGCUGCAAGAGCGAGGGAGGUGUUCGUCCUAAUUCCCCCGCUACAUCUUCCUCGACUCAUACCUCCUCGACUUCUCCUGUACGUUUGCUUUGAUUCCGAGUAAAGCUGAGAAUGGUGUAAAAAUUUUGUAACAAAACUUGAAUAAAGAGUUUACCAUAUUACAUGAUAUAUAGAGACAUCAUCAUUCUUCGUUUUUU